AAUCGCUCCCAUCGUUUAUCUGGUUUCGCUGGGAAUGAAAAUGUGACUGUGAAUUUAAAGAUGAUCGCCAGCCAGUUGCUUGCGCACUCAGUCAUCGCUGCUUCAUCGUAGCAAACGAGCGUGCAUCUCGGAGAAAAUGUUGAGACAUAUAAACUCACUGGUGCUGUGCAUCCUACCGCUGACAUUCUUCCUCACAGAGGCAAGAACACAGCCCAAUGGUAACAAUCGCAUCGUGUUCCCAAAGGAUGAUGAAGAAACUGACUUGAGAUUCGCAUACCCGAGCAUGAAUUCGACGACAACGACAACGACAACAGAAGAACCCGCAUCCACAAUAGCAACACGUUCGGAAAGCACCAACUCCGCAGAACAGAUCACCAGUGGAUCGGAGGAGCUGGUUAAUGGAAGCACCACCGAGGUGCCCACUAUAGACAACCGAAUAUUGCUGGAGACGACCCAAAAAUGUAAGCCUGGCUAUCAGCUGUUCGGAAAACGUUGCCGCAAGCCGGCAUAGUCUGUAGUCUACAAGAUUGAUGUUAGUCAAUAAAGUGAUAUUUGUAUAGAAUCAUA